CCCGCCCCGCCCGUCACGCGGCACCGCCCCUGCCGGCCGCGCCGGGCGGACCCGCGGCCCCGCGCCCCUCGCGGCCUGAGGGCUGGGCCGGGGCCGGGGCCGGAGCGCGGAGCCGCCGCCCGCCGGUCGGCGGUGAUGUGUCCAUCCCUGCGCCCCGCGCGCCGCGCUCCCAAAGCCGCUUCCAGCUAGAUCCAGGGCCGCCCGCUGCCAUGGAAACGGGCAGCCCGGAGGAGCGGGACGGAGGGGACCAGCGGCGGCAGGAGGGCGGGGACGCCCCUCCCGACAGCGCCAACGGCUCCGUGGUGGCCGCCGAGCCGCAGCAGCCGCCCCCCGGCAAGCUGAGGAAAACGGCCUUCAAGCUGUUCGGGGGCAAGCGGAGCAUCUGCACCCUGCCCAGCUUCUUCGGCGGCCGCGGCAAGAAGGGGCUCAGCAAGUGCAAGACCCACGACGGGCUGAGCAGCGCCGCCUGUGACAGGGGCGGUGCCGCACGGCCGGACAGCCCCGCGGAGGGCGGCAGGGAUGGGCAGCCCGGCCCCCUGCCCGGCUCCCGCAGCGCCCAGCUGGCCGUGGACACCGGCGCCAGGGGGGAUUUGGGCCAGCAGGAUGGCUCUCCCCCCGGGAGCAUCGAGGGCUGUGACAAAAAGCCCAACGGGGAGAAAUCCUCCGUCCCCAGACCCAAGAAAGGGCUGAAAGGGUUUUUCAACAGCAUCCGGCGCCACCGGAAGAGCAAGGCUGCCGAGAGUGAGAAGGCAGAGCUCCCCGAGUGGAGUGGGGACACGGAGGAGGCUGGGAAUGCUCCUGGAGUGGCAGUGGAGAGCCAAGGGGCCGUGGAGGGCAGGGGAGCAGGGCCAGUCCCUGAGGCCACGGCCGGCCCAGGGGACUCAGGGGUUGACUCCAGCUGUGGGGAGGCCACCGAGCCCAUGGGCUCCGCAGCUGAUGGAGGCACCUCCGAGGGUGACACGGUGGCCGUGCCGGGGAACGGGGAUGUUCCAGAUACAAAAUCAGAGGCUGAGGCUGCUGCCUGCGCUGAGUUUGACCGUGAGAGUUUGCUGCUGGCCUUCCACCCUGACUUCAUGGACGGUGAGCCUCCCUGCCUGCACUCCGGGGAGCUGCUGAGCCUCAUGCUGGGGGACGUCACCUCCCUGAAGAGCUUCGACUCGCUGACGGGCUGCGGGGACGACAUCGCCGAGCCCGAUAUCGCCGAGAGCAGCAUCUCGGUGGAGCGCAGCCGCGACGCCGCCAAGCGCAGCUCCUGCCUCGUCACCUACCAGGGCGGCGGCGAGGAGAUGGCCAUCCCUGAGGAGGCUGAGGAGUACCUGCAGCAGGUGUGGGACAGCGGCGUGCCGGGGGACAGGAGCUACGGGGCCCAGGUGUCCAGCAGCAGCCUGGAGACGCACGCCUCUCACGAGGCCGAUGCCCACCCCUACAUGGGGGAUGCCAUGGAUGGUGUUGACCUCCUGACGCCCCAGAGUGACCAGCAGGAGUCUGCCCCGAACAGUGACGAAGGGUAUUAUGAUUCUACCACGCCAGGGCCGGAGGAUGAGACUGGAGAGGAGCUCAAGAAGGACCGGCUGCCCCGGGACAGCUACAGCGGCGAUGCACUUUACGAGUUUGACGCCCUGAUGAGCCCCUCUCACGGGGAGGAAUCCCUGUUCGAGGGCAAAGUCCCACGCCAGGGCAUCUUCAGCUACUUCAUGGACUUCUGCCUCCCUGCGGAGAAGAGCCUGAUCCAGCAGAUGAUGGAUCAGAAAAGAGGGCUGAUGGAAACUGAAGAAGAGGGGAUUGCAGCCAUUCAGAAAGAGCUGCUGUACUGGGAGCUGCAGAGGGAGCCGCUCCUGAAACGCCUGGAUGUCUCCAGCAAGGAGAAGUGUCCCCGGGAAAAGCAGUGCAAUGAAUGUAAAACCAGAGCAGCCAGCUCCAUUGGCAAGAGUCAGAGUGGCCUUGGGGGUGAGCAGGUGGCCUCGCACACCCCAGGCCGGGCUGUCAAUGGUGGGGUUGCAGUGGCUAGGGCUGAAAAUCCAGAGUGGAGGGAUUUUCCAGGGACUCUGUGUCUGGAAAACUGUUACAACAGCCAAAAAGCCCCCGGAAGUUGCCUUAUUCAGCUCACAAAGAACAACCCGGGGUUCGAUGCAGACCUGGACUGUGGGAUGUUCGGGGACUCCCUCCACGGCAGCGCGGCCCCAGCCAAGGCAGGGAUGUUCCCUGGGUUCCGGCUGCCGGAGCAGGAGCACGGCGGCGGAGCAGAGCCCAGCCCCAGCGAGCCCCAGGCGGGCAGCGAGCCCGAGCAUGCCGUGAGCUUCUCGCAGGCUCUGGUGGAGUUCGCCAGCAGCGGGACCCUCUUCUCCAGCCUCUCUGAGAGCCUGGGGAGCUCGGCCUCCAGCUCGUCCUUCACCCAGAACCUCCCCGCCCUCCCCACCAUGGUCACCUUCGACGUGGUGGACGUGGAGCAGGACGGGGAAGGGGAGUGUGAGCAGCACGCGGAGCUGACCGCGGGCGAGGACAUCGCCGAGGCCUUUGAAGAUGGCUAUGGACAGAAAGAGUCCUUGGCUGAAUGUGACGAGAGAAUGUCCCUUGGCUUCUCCCCGGGCUCCUUCCAGAGCUGCAACUGGGGGGUGGCCAGCCUGCCCCGCCACCUGCGCCUGCACGGGCUGAGCCCCUCCAUGCCCGCGCCGCUCUCCGUGGACCGGAGGAGCCGCUCGCUGGACACGGAGAGCCUGGAGUUCGAGCUGGCCGAGCCGCAGCGGGCCCGGAGCGGCCCCCAGCCCUGCCGGCUCUGGGCCAGGCACGAAGCUGGCAGGAAGGACUCUGCUGGAGCCAGGAGGAGCAGGAGCAAGGAGGAGGGUGAGCUGGUGGCUCCCGAGGGUGGCUUGAGCUGGCUGGGCCUGCGGCACCUCCAGCACGGCCCCGAUGCAGCUCCCAGCGGGAUGGAGCUCUGGGACUUCGCCCCGGCGGGCGCUGUCGAGAGCGUCUGGGAGCCAUCGGAGCUGCCAGACACCGUGACCCCUUUCCUGCCUGUCUCCCGUGGCACUGGGGAGGCUCCGGAGCGGCGGCCCCAGGAGCCAGAGCUGAGCAGGCCCGCGCUCCGGCCCUCCAACCUCCCCCUGCAGCCCGAGGCCAGGCGCGCCCGGGAGCCGGCCGCCUCCUUCCGCUACCACGGGGACGUCCCCAAGCUGUCCCGCCUGGUACCCCUGGGAGAAGCAGAGCUGCCCCCGAGCUUUGGCUUCGCCUGCUCCCCAGAGCACCGUGCCAGGGGCAAACCUGUGGGCAUCGCCCAGGGUGUGCCACAACAUCCUGGGAACGGCAGCGGGGACAGCGAGAGCGCGGAGCGCUGCGCCGAGCCCCUCAAGGGCAGGGCCACCCCGGGGCACGGCGCCUGCCGUGGCACCGGGUGCAGUGUCACUGACGCUGAGUAGCUGCAGGAAUGUCACCGUGUUACCCGGCUGGGGGGCUGCAGGAAUGUCACCGUGUCACCGAGGCGAAGCUAUCUGCAAGAAUGUCACUGUCACCAAGCCAAAAGGCUGCAGGAAUGUCACCGUGCUGAGGCUGCUCUGGGCAGGGCUGAAAGGGGAGCAAAGGGAGGGAGAAAGCCAGGAGCAGUCUGGGGAGGACUUGAGUUUGAGCUGGGCUGAUGCUCCUCUCCUGCAGCCAUCCGUGGCCUUGCCCUGUGGAUGCUCUGGAGGCAGCUUGGAGCUGCCUCCAGGAUUCCUUCAUCACCACUGAGGCACUUUCUGGUUUUCCAGCCCUCUCCAACACCAGGUGCAGCAGCAGCCCCUGGCAGAAGCUGGGGAUGGACCCGUUGCUGGUGUGGCAGGUUGGGGUUUGUGCAGGACUGGGGCUGGGGGAGCAGGCCCUGGGCAGAGUUUUGAGGGAAAUGGGGCUGUUUUCCUCUUCUGGGUGAAAGGUUUUGGUUCAGACUCGCUUUGAAUGUCUUCCAGCCCGGGCUCAGUGUGGGGAGCUGGGAGGAAGGGUGCUGCUUGUUCCAGAGCAAGGAUGGGGCAAGGCAGCUGGAAAGGGGAACUUUGCAGCAACGUUUUUAUUUAUUUGAUUUGUCCUUGCCCCAAAGGAAAGCAGGAGCUUUUGUGUGCGUGCUGAUAAUGUUCUCCAGGUCUAGUUUCAGUUUGCUCAGAGAGAUGUGCUGUCCAUGGUGUCCCUUUGAAGAACAAAGUGUUGGUCCCUUCUUUGUUGUGGUCUGUCUUCACGGUGCAGAAUUCCUGGUGGAAACCUUUCCCGUGCUUUGUCCUGGGCUCCUGGCCUCUCCAGGGCCGUGGGGACAGCGAUGAGGCCUUUGAAAUAAGCUAAAUUUGCAUCAUGCCUGUAGCUGUGAAGUGGCAGGUGAUGUUACUUUCUCAAAAGGAAGCUUUGUGGCUUUUUAAUUUAAUUUUAUUAUUUUAAGGUUGUUUUCUUUGCAUAAGCCCUCAGGAGGAAGGUUUUGUGAUCCUUGGAAUUUGGGAUGGACCGCAGCUACAUUGGGCUUCACUCCUCCUGUCUGGAGGGAACAGAAAGCCUGGAAGCUGCUGGAGGUUGGGGAUUUUAUGUCUCUUUGAAGGAACAUGGAGGAGGGACACAGGCUGAGGGCACAGACUUUGUCCUGUGAGCUCCUGUGACAUCUGUUCCAGGCUCCUGGUCCCCUCUGUGAUCCCAAACCCCCUCUGCUCUGGUCCAAACCCUCAUCCCAUGACACAAAGCUGCUUCCCUGUCCUAGCUGUGUGUUCUGAGUUAAUUCCAUUACCAGUGAUUUUUGUUUUCCCCCACCUCAUUGCCCUUUCUCUGUUUUUCUUUGCAGCAGAGUUUGUAGCAUUCAAAAAAAAAAUCCCAAUGUGGAAUUUUGGAGUUCUACCACAUUUGUGGAGUGAGGGAUGGCUCUGCUUGGGCCAGACUGGGUUUUCCUGCUGAGGCCUGCCCUGCUGGGUCACCCUCCUGCUGCUCUCCUGCUCCACAAGGAUGUGGCUCCAUCAGCUGCUCCCUGCCAUCCCUGGAUCUCCAGGCACAAGGAGCUGCUUUGGGUUUGAUGGGUUUUUCCCCCCAAGCAAAAUGAGAUCUUCAUAUUCCUUUUGAGAAAAGGUUCCUCCUGCCCUGUCCUUGGAUGUCUGGGAGGAGCAGGGAGAGGCAGGGCAGCCUUGGUUCAGCCCCUGUGUGUGAUGUGAUUUUCCUGCCGAGGCAGAGCAGAUCCAUCUGGGCAUCCGUGGGCUCAAACUUGAAUUUUUCCAUAUUUUCCUGCCAGCCCUGCUGCAGGGAGUUCACAGGAACCUGCUGUGCCAUGGUUCUUUCCCCUCAUCCCUCUGGGACACCAGAGAGGAUUUCCUGGGACCCCCCUGGCUCUUGGUGCCACUGCCACUCCCAGAAGGGACAAUGUGAGCCAGGGGAAGGUGCCCUGGCUGGGGGUUGUCUCCCCUCGUUAGCACAGCUGCUAAUGAACGUGGGGUAUCCCUCCCUGGAGCAGGGCCAGGGCAGCUCUGUGCCCAUCUCACCCCACUCCCAGCACACAAACCACGGGCACACCCUGCUGGGGACCCCACAGGGACAUUGCCACCCCCUCGUGCCCCUGGCUGGGUUCAAUCCCUGUUCCCUUUCCUUUCAGCGUCUCACCAAAGGCAUCUCGGGGGUUCCAGGCUCUGGAGCUUUGUUCAGCCAAAGCUGGGAAUGUCUUGGUGCUAAAUGAAUGUUCCAGGUGUCCCUGGGAUCCUGGGGCUGGCUGUAGGUACGAGGUGGGGAUGUUCAGUGGGAGCAAUACAGCCAAGGCUUGCUAAUCUGACUUUAUACCAAAGGUUUCUCCUCUUAAUUCGAUGGGAAUUCAAUGAGGCAAAUAUCUCUGGAAUUCAAAUGAGUUUUCCUAAUGCAGUUUAGUCACUAAUUUGCUGGAUUAUUGGCAGAUUCUGCCCCAUUAACCCAAAGAAAUUGGAAUUUCUAGUGCAGUAAUUCAGCCUGUAAAUGAUCACUGCAGUAGGGAUUGGAUUUCACUGCCUGCUGAGCCACUCUUCCCAAAAAACCCCACUUGGGAUCCAUGGGAACAAAGCUGGGCUGGAGCUGGGUCAGUCCAACACUGCCUUACCUGAGGAGCUCACAUCUGGGGCUGGUCACUGGGGCUUCUUGUGCAAAAGGGCUUCCCAACCAGAAACCAGUCAGGAACAGCAGAAUGUUCAGAAUAUUUAGGAAAAACGUGAGGAAUUCACCUGUUCCUUGCAGGGAAGGGAGGGGCUGGGGCUGUGCAGCUGUGAUGGAACCACUGCCACUGGGGUCAGCUGUGUUGCAUUCUGGGGACUUGGGGGUUUUCUUUCAUUUGUUUGUUUUUAUACACAUAAGGAAAUGGUCGAUUUUCUCUAUUUUUGUAUAGUUUUGCAUUUUAUAAUCAUGGGGAAGUUUUACAGACUGUUCUUUUACUCGUGUGUCUUGUCUUUCCAAGUGGUGUGGUUUGCUUUUGCCAUGGAUAAAAGGCAUUCCUGCUGCUGCCCACAUCCCACCCUGCUCCCUGGGAAUGUGCUGGGGGCUCUUCCCACCCCCCAGCCCCUCACAAACACACUUUGCACACACUUGAGACGUCCUGAACCCUCCUCUGUCACACUCAGCUGUCUGCUUUUCAGCGUUGUUUUUAAUCUGAAUGUGUGGAUUUUGGUGAUUUCUCCCUCCAAGUGUUGUAAAAAGCCCACAGCUUUCAGCUGAGGCUUUUCCUGCUGUCUGCUGAUGUUAUUUUAUCUCAAACUGGGGCUUUUCUUCAGUCCUGUGCAGGAGAUGCUGUUGGCUGGUGCAUGGAAAUGCUCUUGGACAGGUUUCCUCUCCCCUUGGUGCUCCCUGGCUGGGAGCUGGGAUUCACCCUGGUGCCUGAGGAUUGCUCCUGAAAUAAUCCUAGGAUUACCAGGGCUCCCCACCUUCUCCUCAUUCCCCUCUCCAGGGAGCUCAGCCCUGUGCUCUGCAUCACUAAAACAUCUCCCUGGAGUGACGCUGCCUUGAACUUCAGGAUCAGAGGAGAGGAGAGCUUCUGGAAUGCUAAAAUCCAGCCCAAAGCAGAUUUUCCUCCCCUUUUUCCCCAGCAGAGGUGGCAAUUGUCACUGAUUUGGCUCUGCAGAGAUUUUUUUGGGUUUUUUGUCUUCUAAUUAAUAACUUGUCACCUGAUGGUGCUUUUCAGAGUUUCUCUGGGUUGGGUUUGCCCCAUUCCCCACAGGGAUGGACGGGAAGGUUUUUCACUGAACAUUCCUGGGGCACUCAGACCCACCUUCCACAUUCCCUCUGCCCUGGAAUUCUGGGCUUCCUCCUCUCCAGCUGGGGCCUCCUGCUCAUCUCACCCACACUGAGUCACCCCAAAGCUCCAUUUGGGUGAAGUGAGGAAUUCAAAUCCCAAAAAGCCUCUCAGCUGUAAGGAAAUAAUGAAUUAGCCCUUGUCCUUGGCUGCCCCGCCCUGCUGCCAGGCUGGCAGCUCCUCCCAGGUGACCAACCUGGCUGAAUUUGGGGUUUUUUGUUUCCUUCCUGCUCUCAUUGCUACUAGUCCUUUCAAGUUUUUAAUGUAUUGAUUGUGUUUUAAAAUGAAUGUUCCUUUCACUGAAUUCUAAUGAAUAAAGUGCAGAUUUUUAGAGAA